AUGUCAACGUCAGUAAAGCAUCGUGAGUUCAUUGGUGAGCCAAUGGGAGAUAAAGAAGUUACGGCGAUAGCUGGUAUUGGUCCAACAUACGGAGCAAAGUUGACUGAAAUUGGAUUUGAUAAAGCCUACAUUCUCUUCGGACAAUUUCUGCUGCUCAAGAAGGACGAGGAUCUAUUUGUGGAAUGGCUGAAGGAUACUGCUGGAGUCUCAGCUCAUCAUGCAAAGAGUGCGUACAAUUGUCUAAACGCCUGGGCGGAGCAGUUCAUCUAG